AUGAAGUCCUCUCUCGUCUCGCUCGUGCUCCCUCUGCUGGCAGCGGCUGCCCCGACUCAAAAUGCUGACCCUGCCUUCGGCGUCAUGUCCAGUCGUUCGGCUUCCCCCAUCCACCUCCUCCCCAUGAACGCUGCGGGACAACGCUUCUAUUUGGGAGGACAGCCUUCGACAUACUGUCCCCUACCCGAAGGCAAGGGAUGCCCACCGGGCACAUCGACUGUUUUCGCUCCCGGUGGCGGCAGCCUUAACGUUAUGGUCCCCGGCGGCCAACAAGUCUACGUCAACCCCGACGGUGCCCUGAGCUUCACACAGGCACAUUCGGCCUAUAUCCCUCCCGGUUCGGCUCUAGGCCCAUUCAAGUAUGAGCCCGGCGAGAACAUGGGCCACUACACCUUCAACGGCUGGGGUGCCUCUGGCUUCAUGGCUUGUCCCACCGAAGACGAGAAAUGGCAGGUUUUUGCCGCCAUUCAGAACGCCACGGUUCCCAGUGGAGACGUGGCUGACUGCCUGGGAUUCUCUGCUAUGGCUAUUACCGGCAAUCAAACUGCCGCUGCAUGGCAAUAUAUCUGA